ACAGGUUGAUUCUGAGGUCUGUGCUGCCAUCUGCUGUUGAUGUUUUUCAGCACAUUAUGAGACGAAAUUCAGUAAAAUGGGUGGAAUAGAUCCGGUUUGUGUUUUAAAAAAUAUAGGUAUAAUAUAUAAUAAAUGCAUGUGUUUCUGAAAGGAGUUUAAGAAAGAAUAAACAUAAAUACAAUAAAACAUGAAGUACUUGUCUACACAGGUAGAACAUAUAAAACCUUAACCUGCUCUGACCUGAGCGGAUUGUCCUUCUUGUCUCACACCAUAUUUGUUCUAUCUAUACUUCCUCAUGAUUAUAUCUUUUCUCUAAUUCAACACAUUUUCUCUCUUCUUUGAUAGCUUCCAAGACUUCUUCUUCUUCUUCUUCUUCUUCUUCUUCUUCUUCUUCUUCUUCUUCUUCUUCUUCUUCUUCUUCUUCUUCUUCUUCUUCUAUUGCUCUUCAUGGCGGUUGGCAAACAUCUUUUGGUUGCAUUAUCGCCACCCACUAAUCUGGAGUGUGGACUUAAUGAAAGUAAAUAUCUUAUACUAAAAAACAAACGAAAACCAAACAAACAAACAACAUAAAAAUGAAAUUAAUUCUCAGACUCUACUCAUUAGUUGUGUUCCAGCCGAACCUUCCAGCAUUCAUCACAAAAGUUUUUCUUGAGUACAUUCAUGAUAUUUCCCUCUCCCAUCUCUCUCAGCGCCUGUUUUUAUAUGUCACAACACACGGUCCACCAUUUCAUCUUCUUCACAGGAGUCACACUUUCCAAUAUUAUGUUUUUUAAUAACAUAGAGUGAACUAUUAAGCCCGAUAUGGCCAUUCCUGAGCCUUGUCAUCACCCGCUCCUCUUUUCAUCCAAUGGUUUAUUGUUAAACAUAAAUCUUCCAUUGCUCCAUUUUUUUCCAUUCAUUCUGCCAUAUCUUUUUGAUUUGUCCCUUAAUCACACCUUUUCUGACUUACUUAUUUUUAAAUUAACAUUAUUUAUCCCACUCUUCAAAAGUAUUUGGUUCUUUCACCGCCCAGUCUCAGAGAAUCCAGGUGUGAGCAAUUAACCAAUUACUGCCAGACUCAUAUAUAAGCAGCAUUUUUUGUUUCAGUAUGUAGCUGCUGUAUUAACGUGAAGGAGGUGCAUACUACUGGUGAGUGAUUGUCAAAGUUUGAUAUAGUUCUACUGCAAGAGGAAAGAGUUUAUAAUGAAGACGGUUAGCUCUAAAGUUUAAACAUGACCCCAACUUCUUUUAAGCUUUAAUUCAAAAUGCAGCUGCUGUUUUAAUGGUGCUCUUCUCUAGUUUGAGAUGGUAUAUCUAUUAAUGUUUAAAUGUCUCCUUUCAGAAUAAAAGAUGUCUGGACGUGGGAAGAAAGCUGCUGCUGCUGAUGCACCCCAAGCAAAACUUCAACUAUCCCAGUCUACCAGAGCAGGGAUCACUUUCCCAGUGGGCCGAAUUCACAGGCUUCUGAAGAGGGGCCACUACGCUAAGCGCAUUGGCAAAGGCGCGGCGGUGUACUUCGGAGCUGUCGUGGAGUAUCUCUGUGCAGAAAUCCUGGAGCUGGCGGGAAAUGCCUGUCGUGACAACAAGAAGCGCCGCAUCUCUCCUCGCCAUAUCUUGUUGGCGGUGAAAAAUGACGAAGAGCUCAACAAACUGCUGGCAGGGGUCACGAUCUCGGAUGGCGGCGUCAUCCCAAAUAUCCAGGCAAGCCUUCUCCCGAAGAAGACUGCCAUGUCCAAGGAGGAUCGCUUGGCGAAAGAUGUUCAGUCCCAAGAGUUUUGAUUGUUAAUGUUUUUACAAUUUUAUCUAUUAAAGUGUUAUGUUUUUAUAAA